CGCAGAGCUGUGUGGAUUGCAUGGAGCUCAGCAUGGACUACAGAUACAACUUUUAAAUUCAGUCGGACAAUUUACUUUUUAUCCUGUGGACAUCUGCUCACUAAGUGACCAAAAGAUAUGGAGAAUGAUGUCCUAUCUACUGCUGUCAACACCCAGGGGGCAUGCCCUAUCCUGGAUGGACCCUCUCUUCCCUCCCCCAUCAAUUCUCCUCCUGUAGUCUCCAAUAACAUCUCUGCUACUGCCUCUGACCUUGCAAAAUCUUCAUCCUCAAAAGAGACCACCUUAGAACCCAGUAAAUUCUCCUCUCAAACAUCCGCUCACACCAUUUCUUCCCUUCCUUCUUUAGAGGGUUCAAAGCUAUUAAGUCCCACUGUGCUCUCUGAACCUGCACCUAAACCCUCCUCUCCUCCUCCAAACAAAACUGCAAACUGCUCUGCUCCUGAAAUCCCAAAAAUGUCAUCCCUUUCCAAACUCAAAUCUGUCUCCUUCACAUCUGCUACCAUAGCUCUUAACACUCAAACAGAUUCCUCUGACUCUUCCUCCCCUCCUGCUUCCACUGUGGAUCCUGCAACUUCUUCCAGCGCUACUGUUAAACUCACCUUUGCCUCCAUGGCCAAGCGGGUAAUAAUACAGGAAAGACUAAGGAAAGCCGAGGAGGAUGAAAAGGAUAUAGAAGAUGAUGACGAACCAGAGGAAGAUUUGUCUUUGGAGCAGUUGGAAGAGAAGGCCACUGCGGGUGAUGCCAGAGCCCAGACCCGGCUGGCUCAGCACUACUUGCUUCUUUCUGAAGAUAAGGACACAGAACUAAAUAGUCGUCUGGCUGUUAAUUGGCUGAUUAAAGCAGCUAAACAGGGAAGAAAAGGUGCAUCAAGGGCACUGCAGCGCUGUUGGAUCCAGAGAAAAGGAAUCACCCCAGAAAAUGAGGUGGACGUGCGCAAGUUGGCAACAGAGAGUAGGUUUGAGCUGGCUGUGCGUAAAGCAGCCAUGAUGAUGUACUGGAAACUGAAUCCCGAGAGGAAGGAAAAGGUGGCUGUGUCUGAGAUGCUGGAAAAUGUCGGACAGGUCAAUGCAGUGCCAGUAGGUGGCACUGCAAGCAGGAAUCCUGUCCCAACCUCAGGCCAGACCCUGAAAGUAUUGGAGAGCAUGGUCAACAAUAAGUCUUCUCAGAUGGUCGACCUGGAUGACUUUGUAGAGAUGACUAAAAAGUAUGCACAAGGUAUUGUCCCCUCUACAUCUCAAACUGACAGCCAGGUCGAGGCCAAGACUGAAAGCCCGUAUACGCCUAAUGACAGAAGAGAGGAGCAGAAAGCUGAGCUGGUACCAUCGACAUGCAAGAAGGCCUAUAAACGAUCUUGGAGUUUUGGCCGAAGUGGGAUGAUGGACAAUGGGGGAAUGCAAAAAGCCAUGGACAUGAAAUCACGCUUAAUGAUUCUGCAGUACCCGCUGCAUGCCAUCAUUGAGAUGAAACAGCACCUGGUGGACUGGGCGUCUCGGGCCGGUGUCCAGUGGCUGAGCACAGCCAUCCCCACGCAACACGUCAACGCUCUUAUUUUUUUUUUCAUCAUCAGCAACCUGACAGUUGACUUGUUUGCUUUUGUCAUCCCCUUACUCGUCUUUUACCUGUCCUUCAUCUCUAUGAUCAUCUGCACAUUGCGUGUUUUCCAAAGCAGCAAGACUUGGGAGAACUUCAGAGCCCUGACAUCUCUUCUGACACGUUUUGAACCCAGCCUGGAUGUGGAGCAAGCAGAGACCAACUUUGGCUGGAACAACCUUGAACCAUACCUCUACUUUAUUGUGUCCGUUUUCCUCGUCAUUUUCUCCUUCCCUGUUGCUGAUAAGGGCUGGAUCCCCUGUUCUGAACUCUCCACUGUGGCCAUAUUCUUCACUGCCAUCAGCUACAAGAGCCUCAGCCCCACUGCUGCGACGUAUGCACGCCGGGCAAUGGUCAUAGAGGUCGCAUCGUCUUUGUGCUGCCUGACCCAGUUCCUGCCAGAGAAAAUGACAGUGCUCCGUUUGCUGGGGCGCACCGUUGCCACACUGCCACUAGGGGAGUCAGUGGUGCUGAAGCUCAGUCUCCCCUGCCUGCUGUAUGUUUACCUGUUCUAUCUGUUUUUCAGCAUGGCCAGGAUGCGUGGUUUCAGAGGGACGUACUGCUUCCUGGUUCCAUACCUUGUGUGCUUCAUGUGGUGUGAGUUCUCUGUGGUGCUCCUCCAGAGUUCCUCUGCCGUGGGUCUAAUGCGCACCUGUGUGGCCUACUUCCUCUUCCUGUUUGCCCUGCCUGUUUUGGCUUUUGGCCUCGCUGCCAUGCUCUUAAUCCAGGUCUUCAAGUGGUUCCUGGAGCUGGAACUGAUGAAGGUGAUUGUGACCCUGGUGGUUUGUGCCAUCCCCGUCACCCUACGGCUGUGGACACGGUUCAGCAUGUCUAUUCUGGAUGUCUUCCACUCACUGACCCACCGCGGCCCAGUCAAACUCAUCUUACUCUGUAUCUCCAUGGUGAUCCUGUUCUUCUCUAUCUAUGUGUAUCAUGCAGAGGGACAGAAAGUGUACAAUUCCACACUGACUUGGAGAAAGUACAGUCAGGUGUGCGGGCCACCUGCCUGGGAAUUGAAAGGCAAGGCCCAAACGCAGCUCUUCUGUAGCCACCUGCAUGGCCACAGAGUCACCUGGAUAGGCCGUUUUAAGCAUGUCCGGGUGGCUGAUACGGAUAACGGGGCACAGUCGGUCAUCAACAUGUUGCCAGUGUUCUUAGGAGACUGGCUGCGCUGCUUAUAUGGAGAGAAGUAUCCCAAAUGUGAACCAAAGAAUGAUACAGUUGCAAACCUAACGGCUGCCAAUUUGGAUGCAUCUGCUACCUUUUCACUGCCCAUAUUGCUCGGUACACAAGAAGAGGAAGAGAUGUGUGAGAUUAAGGCUCUGGCCAAGCACACCUGCCACAUCAAGCGCUUUGACAGCCACCUCUUUGCGGUGACAGUAGGGAUGAUCGGGGAUGCAAUUGUGGAAGACCCAGCCAGGGAUAUAGUCCUAAUAGCCAGCCAUGAGUUCAAACAAGUUCUGCUGAACAUAAAUCCUGGUAAUAUGGUGGAGUUCAGCACCAAGUUGGACGGAAAUCUAGGAGACAAAGCUCCUUCCUUCGAGUUGAAGGCAAUUCGCUGUCUGGACUGUGUUUCGUCUCUGCUGACUGGAGGCAGGCAGGUGAAGAUAGAAGGGGACUGGAGACGCACCACAAUGAGAGCCUUGAAGUUUGCCUUUGAUUUUUUCUUUUCUCCCUUCCUGUCAGCAAAAAUCAACACAUCAUAAGUAAGUCAACACGACAGUCAAGCUAAAGUAUUAAGGAUUCACUUACAUCUCUUCAGGAAACUAUGCUCUUCUUUUUUUUUGCAUUGUGAUCAUGUUACUUAUGUAACUUGUGGUAAUGUUUACAAUUUGAUCCUACAUGGAUCUACAGUUCAUGUUUACGUAUUGCUUUUUUAACAAUGUAAUAGUUAUCGUAACUUUAACGUUUUUUAUGGUAGUGCAUGAGUUUACAAAUAUUUCACUUCUAUGGUUCACAUACCUUAAAAGCAGUCAAUAACGGUCAGUUAUCAGCUUUGGGUUUAGACUUCUGUCACACUUGCUUUAAUCCUGUUAAACCCAGGGACAAAAAAAAGUAUUCUUUUCUUUUUUUUUAUCCAACAUUAAAGUAUGACCUUGUAAAUUCACGUUUCAAUUUCCAGUAUUGUUUUACAUUGGAUACAAAUCUGUAAUUUGAAGGUGCCAGAUUGUAUGCAAAGAAGCUUUUGUUAAGUGCUGAUUUCUACUAAAGAUACGGUACACUUGUUGAGAAUCAAAGAUCAGAGUGAAAUGUAUCUUUGAUAAAGCAAUAUUGUUGCUGCUUUUAAGGAAUGUCUUACUCAUAUUAGGAAUAUGUUUGCAUGUACAGUAUGUGUGUGAUGUAAAUGUCCAUCUGGCUAUUUAUUUAUGUAGGUUGUGUGACAUAUUAUUUAUUCUUGGGUCUGUUAGCAAAACAUUAUCUGGCUCUGUUGUCUUAAAAGUUUCUGGUCUUAAUCUUAUUUUGAAUUGAUGAUCAGAUUGUCCUGUGCCUUAAGCUACAAUGUGCAUUCAAUUUCAACUUAAAAACUUAAAACAUUGACCUUGUUUUUUCUUCACGUUUGCAGUGAGGCUGUAUAUAAACCCACAAACUUGUCAAAGUAUGCAGCUGUAGUCUCAGUUUCAUGGUUUGUAUUUCAUACCCAACAACAAAAUGCCACAGCUAAGAUGUCAAGGGUGAAGCGACUGAAUUCACCGGUAGGUGAAACUUCUUAAAGUAAAUUAUUUUUUGGGUGGUUAAUCCGACUGUAGACAUACCAAAAAAACAUUGAACAGAGUUCAUUCCGUAGAAAUAGAGGGCCAGUAGUGUGAAUAUUUGAAAUUACUUGUUUUGCUAUAUAGUACAGAGUGCCUUUACAUUAUCCUGGUGUUGCGAUAAUAAAAAAAACGAAUAAAUUGCCUCAGAUUUAAAAUAUGCAACGUUGCCUCACUAUAUAAAUAGAAGUAUUAAGUAUGUCUUUAUUGCUUGAGCAAAUUAUUCGACUUAAUUAAACAGAUUAAAUAUUUUUGAGCUGUACAUUUCAAAUCAUCAGAAAAGCUAAAGUCUAAUCAAAGCUAAAGAUGUGGCUGUUUUUCAUAUGAUUAUCAUUAAAUACUUGCAAUGCAUAAAAAGCCAUAUAUAUGAACAGUAUUAAACUGUAACCUCAAUUCACCUUUUGAAUGAAAAUCAUUGAUUUCGGGCCUGUAUACUGUGAAUAUGAGUGCCUUCUUUAUUCAGUAAUGGAGCUUAUGGGAGCGUGCAAUAUAAUAAAGUGCUUGUCUUUCAAACAAAACUUCCACACGGAUGCUUUUUUCAGGUUCAUAGUCUGAAAGCAUUUCAUUGAUGAAAAAAUAAAAUGUCCAAUGAAUAUAUACACAAAGACAUAAAACGAUCCAAUACAUUACUUUGUCAGAUUUAAUGUUAUUUUAUUAAUGCACAUUCCUUUCAUUCACCUCAUUUGAGUCGUGUUUUUUUCAUGUUAGACGUUUCUUUUUAAAAGUAUGAUAGAUAUACACGCUAGUAGCAUAAUGGCAACAUGCAGCUGCUGUGCUCCUGAACACAAACCCUUUCACACAUUGCAUGUGGUGAUGAUGGUGAUGAUGGUUCUGAUGUGAUUACAGCUGACUUGCUCUAAACUACCGCUCACCAGAGGAGGACUGAGAGUUGGACCUAAUAUAAUGCCUCAGGUGGCCUGUCGUGUCAUUGUGGAUUUUGUUGUGUUUUACACUUUGUUAAACCAAUCAGAGCAAGACCGCUUCUGCGUUCAACAACACUGGAGGACAGUGAAGACCAAAACAUAGCAGCAGAACAUAAAUAUCUGGGACUUUGAAACAAAAGGAGGAGAGUAGUGAGGAGAGAGCAAACAAUCAAAACAUACUAACACUUUCCUUCUUUUCUCUGAGACUAAGGUUUACACCUUGAAACUGUGGUUUAUCCAUCAGUACUGGAAAGUGCAACCUUCACCUCUGCACUGAUUUUCUAAUUCCCCCUGGGCCAAGGCCACUUGAGAACAAUGCACUUCACUGUAAACAAUCAAAUAUUGACCAAGUCACAGAAUUUAGUCCAACACAGACAUCGCCUUAAUGCUUUACAUCCUAAGCUAUCCUCUUCAGAGUUGCAUGUGGCACUGUGUGGUAUAUGGUAUAAUAACAUUACCAAUCUGUUACAUGAUCAUUUCACAAGACAUGGUUUGAAUGCUAAAGUAAUUUUUCGCAAUGUACAUAACCUAUUGCACUGAUGACAACCUUUGACCUUCAAAUACACUGGACACAAACUCACUCAUCAAAACGUUGAUUAGUUAAAUCAGGAGCCUCAUCUAAAAACAAAUGUGCCUUGAUUCCAUCCUUUCUUUGAUUCCAAGAGACCUCUUACAAAUCUGCUGAUGCCCAUUUUAAAUGAGCAUAACACUCAGCAUAAAUUCAACAAUUGUCUAUUUUAGAAGGAAUCACAAAUCAGACUCACUUCGACACACACACUGUCGCUCUCAUUUUCUGUAAUUUACAGCACAGGUACUGUAUGUAGGCAAGAAUGGGACGUUAAUCAAAACUAACAUGGGCUUUAUAUACACAACAAAACCGUGAGUGUUGGUUUGUGCACAAUUCAACCCUAGCUGGCCACAGCCAGAAAUACCUUUCUAUGUACUGCUACAAGAAGAAGCCCCUUCAUCGAGUCUUUAACAGAAAUAGUGCAACUCUGCAAUCCUUCUAUACAUUGGAUCCCUGGUUUAUAUGCAGUGUACUAACUAGACAAAAAAUGCAUCCUUUAGCUGUCUGGAUCCAACAUUGGUUCCACCUUA